AACUAAUGAAGCCGAGAAGGGCACCAGUAAUUGUCAAAGCUUUUGAUGAAAAUUUUCAGAGACCCACCGAGGAAAGAGAUCCAUACGAUGAUGUUCAAGUGGAAAAAGUGCUCAAAGAUUUGUCAUUUAUACGAAUUAAAUUAGAUCAGAUCGUCCUACCGGACAUUAAUCCAUUCAUUCAGAAAUUGCAUAACUAUCGGGAAUUUUUCGGAUUCCAACUCGAAUACACAUUUCCAUGCCUAGAUGCAGUUUCAAAAUCGCUUAAAACUACCAUUAGAAUUCCGGAAAAAGAGGUCGAUAUUAUGAAGAUUGUAUUUAAUCAUAGACGUAUCGUACUUCUCAAUAUGCACAAUGAUCAGAUUGAACACUGGCAGAAAUCACAGCUAACUAUUCAUCUACUCGUCAAUAUGAUUGUUAAUGGCAGGCAAACUACUCGUCCACUGGCGAAAUGUCAUGUGAAACUUGCCGAACUAGUUCGCCCGCCGUAUCUAAUUUCCCGGGAUUUUGAUUUUGUUGGAGACGAUUUCGAGGGUACCGCCGAACUUCGAAUCGAUUUGGGAAGCCGUGUGCAGUCGCUGACGGAAAAACUGACGAAUCUGCGGAAUGAGAGAAGCUUUGACGAUAAUACAUUUAUAGUUUCCGAUAGACAAGUUGGACGACGGACUCGAUCACGGAGCUCCAGCAGGUGUAGAGCACACUCGUCGCAGAGUUUGGGAAGUGCUACGAAGGAUUCUGCGAGGGCUUCUGCUUCUUCGUCGGCGGCGCCUUCUGAGAUACAUAAAAGAUCGCAAUCUGUCACAUCAAUUCCUGCUGCUUCAACAUCCACCACCACUCCGACACCGAUUCUAAGACCCUCAACACUUCAAAUUCCUGCGCAGUCCUACGUGGCACCACCACGGCCAAGAAUCGGAUCGUCGGCUUCUUCGAUGGGAUCUGAUUCGGUUUUUGUUCGGGAUCCUCCUACUGCUCAAGGAGCACCACCACGAGUUUUCGAAUUUCCAGACUCCACAGAGUCUCAAUUCCGUGAGCGUACUCAUCGAACGGUCACGGAGUCUUAUGGUGCAUCGACAGUAGCCGAUACGGUAGAAGAAGUCAGUCGACAUGGUGGAAAGUAUUAUUUGGAAGUUACAGUCCAUCAGGCUACUGGAUUACCUCCUAUUGAAGAUGAAAGUGGCUGCCUCGCAAGCCCAUCAACGCUCGUUUCAAUUCUCGGACGUGACGGUGAUCUCCGCUCGCCGGUAUUCCGCAACUCUCGAAACCCGAACUGGAAUUUUAUGGCCCGAUUCGCUCUAAGCUCCGAACGCCGGAAUCUCGUCGUAAAAGUGAUUCAUCGAGGCGCCCUCCUUGAUCUACCACUGGGAUUCGUCUCAAUUCCGCUUCCAACACCGAAUUUCAGUAGAUCUGUGUAUGAAAUGACGGAUAUUACAAAGAUGGCCGCAAAGUAUACACAUCAAGUUCCAAUGUUGACGAUAAGUGUGGAAAAAGUGCGGAAUAUCGAUGAUGAUGAUGAUGAUGAGGAGAAUAAUCAUCAUUAUGAGCAGUUUCGGAAAAGAGCUCACUCGUCGAGAAGUACCCAGUCAUCUCCACCGCCGCCGUCAGCUCAAUAUUUGCUGCGUAUCGAAUCUCCGCCAAUUUUGGAGAGCAGUGAAGUUAUCAAGGAGCGGAUGCAACGAUGUAUGGCGGAUUUGGAGAAUAUGAUGAGGGGAAUUAACAAAUAAUUAUUUUUUUUAUUUCUUAUUACAACUUUUUUUUUGUUCUUAAUUUCACUUUAUUUGACGUGUUUGACACUUUUUUACUAUUACGGGAACACUAAAUUUUGAGGGGGUGCGCGUAUUGCACAACAUAUUUGACGCGCAAAAUAUGAAAUAUCUCGUAGCGAAAACUACAGUAGCGCUUGCGUCGAUUUACGGGGGUUAGUUAUUAAAAAUGAGGCCCCACGAAAAGGGGAGCUGGCACUGUGCCAAACACACAAAACGUAUUUUUUAUUCUCAUUCAACGCACGACUUUUUUUAAAUUUUUUACGCUAAACGAUGCGUAAUAACGGAGUGUGGUUAUAACAAAGUCGUGCUGGCACAGUGCCAGCUCCCCUUUUCGUGGGGCCUCAUUUUUAAUAACUAACCCCGUAUAUCGACACAAGCGGAGCUACAGUAGUCUUCGCUAAUACGAGAUAUUUCAUAUUUUGCGCGUCAAAUAUGUUGUGCAAUACGCAUUCUCUGAAUUUUGUGUUCCCGUAACACUACUACUCGAUUCGAUUUGUUUUCUUUAGAUACUCAAAGUAUAAAUGAAGAAUCUCA